AAAAUUAGCCUAAGGAUGACAUCAUCCUCAGUGGGGCUUUGUGCUUGGGAUGAUGUCAUCGGGUUCUCUGCUGGCAGUUCACAGUGUGGGGUAUACUCCGUCUCGCCGUGUGUUCUAAACGCUGCUCCCAAACCGAAGGGAGUCAUGACAGGGGCAGGGGAGGAUUCCCCAGCCUCAGGGGGGACGUUAGAAACCGCCGGGUGCGUCAGUCAGUUAGCGAAAGUCCCCGUUGACAAGACAAAAAUGACAUCGUACAAGGAGUACAUCAUUGAGCUGCCCAAUCAGGGCACGGCUCUCCUUCACCACCUAAACGAGCAGCGCCUCAACGGGAAGUUCUGCGAUAUCACCGUGAUGAUCCACGGCCGCAAGUUCCCGGCGCAUCGCGCGGUGCUGUCUGCGUCCAGCGGCUACUUUCACGCCAUGCUGGACAUCGAUAAUGACCGCCACACCAUCAUCGUACAGGACAUCUCAGCCGGAGCAUUCCAGGACCUGUUAGACUUUAUGUACUCGGCGAAACUCCGCGUGUCGGCAUGCAGUAUUGUUGAGAUCAUCCUCACCGCCAGUUACCUGCAGAUGGUGGACGUCGUGAGUGCGUGCUCGUACAUCAUCCGUCCUGUCUUCGGCAGCAACCUCCCGAUCGGGCACUUCCCGCAUGCGGGGUUCGCGAACGGAACGGUGGAGGCGGCCGCUCACGGUUGCGACUGCAGCAAAUCCGGGAGCCCUUCCCUCCCCACGCCCCACCAUCCCGAGAUUCGCAUCCAGCCUCACGUUUUGGCCAAAGCUCCGGAAGCAUUCCAGGAAAAGGUGGAUUCCCUGGAAGUUCUGGAGAAACUGCGACUGGAACAGAAGUAUCACGGUGCAGCAAAGGACCAGGGGUCUGAUGACGACAAGAAGUCGCCCCUGCCGGUAGACAUCCACGAAGUGUACAACCAGGGCGGGAAGAAAAACAAAAUCACCAUGAUCCACAUUCCUGGCAUGGAGCAGGGCGGGAUGCAUUCAUUCCACGGCAUGCCGCACUUAGUCCCACCGGGUCUUCGCAUUCGCGAGGCGGACAGCCACUUCCCGGCCCACGACAUCUUACAGGGGAGGCCGGACGGCCCAGAAGGCAUACUCGAUCUGCGCAUCAGGCCGAAACGAAGCGGAGAAAUGCCCGACGGGAGAAGUAGCCCGGAGGAAGUCCGAGUCUGGAGCGCCCCAAGCUCCUUCAACACCGAGAAAGGCCCCAUCUUGAAAAUGACUUUGGACAGAAACAGCCAAGAUUGGAAAAACAUGGGCAUGGCAGAGAAGAUUGCUGCACAGUAUCAUACCUCUGUCCCUACUCCUCCUAUGUCAGAUAAGGAAAAGGAGAGAGGGGAUGAGUCAGAAGAGAUAAAGAGUGACCUCCCGGAAAGAAAGGAUGUUCCAGGGACCAGCGAGCGCAAUAAAGCCAAGAUCGUCCGCCAAAAAAGUCUGGACGUGCCUGAGAAAGACAACACAGACAGCGAAAAGGCACAGGAAGUCGUGCCCCCCAAAGGGAAGUGGGGAUGGAAAGCAAAAAGACAGGAGAGCGAAGAGAGUUCUGUACAUCCGAAAAAGCGAAUCUGCUUGGACUGGGAUGCCCGUAGCAGGCACAGUAGCACAAGCGACACCCUGUCGCGACAGAGUUCGUUUGAUCUCGAUGACGGCGCCACCAGUGUCAAGUCAGAAAAGGAUGCAUACGGUCGCGACAAGAACUGCAUGGCUGAAAAGUACGAAGUCCCAGUGCCCAAGAAGAGGGAAGAAGCUCUUCCCCAAGUUGAUAAAGAAGCCGUUAUCCCAGAUCCCCCAAGAUCUCCCAAUGAGGACAUGAAAAUCAAACAGGAGCAGAAAGUAGUGGAGAAGGCACAGCCCAAAGUGUCAAUCCCAAACGGUGUUGAUCUCAACAAGAUGGAAGACCUGCGACAACAUUCCCCACCGGGCGGCUACGUACCUCCGCACAUGAACGGCUGUCCUCCUCACAUGAAUGGCGCUCCCAUGUACAACCCAAACGGCAUCCCGCCCGGGUAUCAAGAGUAUGCGGAGAGGCAGAAUAGCAUGGCUGCUGCUUUCCCAAACUUGCCCCCGACCGGCAUGAUGCCUUUCUCCGCAUUCCUGGCCUCGCGUGCCGCUGGCGUGCUGACACCGCAUCCCAACGGAGCCGCCGCCAUCGAAGACGUCCCCUACAACUACCCCCCUGACAUGAUGAGAGGGGCAGUUGAGAAGGAAGCGCCACCUGGAUGGAGGGGUCCGGGGUUCGUACCCUGGGCCGGGAAGAGAGGAAGAGGGCGCGGCCGCCGAGGGCGCGGCAUGCAGUGCCGCACGUACGCCGAGAAGAUGAUGCAUCUACGCGCCAACGCGGAACUAGACGAGGUGUACGGCGUAACGGAGGGUUUCCCGUCGUUGUUGGGAAACAAGGAACAUUCCAAAUCCUUGGGCAGCCCAGCCAGGUUCAUGAACGGUAACCUGUCGGAUUCGGACUCGUCCAAGGAUGGUUCAGAGGGCAAAGUGCCAAAGAACCGCGCGUCGCCGAGCGGCAGCACCGACGGAGUCACGUCGCUGUCUUCGGAGUUGACGCGGAAGCGGCGCAAGUACACCACAGAGUUCAAGUGGGAGGUGAACCAGAAGCUGACGGCGGACGGAAUAGACAUUGCGAGUUUGUCAGCGGAGACCAUCCUGUCGAGCGGGGAGGACCGCCCGCGGCAGCGCCCGUGGAAGCGGGUGCAGCUCCCGUGCCCGAUCUGCGGCGCGAGAUUCCCCAAAGUCGAGCAGCUCCAGGAACAUCUGGUGGAGCACAAGGGGGACAAGUACAGUCUGUAUUUGUCGAAUUGGAUGUGAGCGGAAUCGGCACCAAUGUUGUUCCCUCUUGUUCCAUUUUGAAACGGGCCGCUGCCGUGGCCUAAGCUAUGGUGGUGGGCUCGGUGAAAAUGAGUGGGCUGUACCACUUGGCUCCACAGGGGUUUUAGCAGCGGCAUGGUGCUGGCUUCGCCCACAUCCAAUGCACCCCUACAUUGAGCAUGGCGUAAGCCAGAUUGAGUAAUUAGGCUGUACCAUUCCUGUCCGUUAUGGGUGGCAACAGCUUGGGUCGUACUGCCUGUUGUAGAGGGAUUUGAAAGGUCUAGACCUGGAUCUGAUAUCUGAUAAGCAAUAUCAACUGUGAAAGGUGUUAACUUGUUGGGUUAUUGGCCUUGUAUUGCUGUGUAUCAAUCUUGUCUGUGGAAAAUUGCGCUGCGGGAUGCGGUAAAGCGGUGGCUAUCCCGUAGGUGGGAAAAAUUUGGUGCGAUGGUGUUUUUUGGUCUGUACCCAACAGGCAGUAACUUUAAUUGUGAUGGCAUUGAUAGAGAACGCGAAAGCUUCUCUGGAAAAACAACAACAAAAAAAUUGAAAAAAAUUAUGAAAAAAAAUCAGAAGAGAAUUUUGAGUUGUAAAUAUUUAUGUCAUUUAUGAUAUACUUUGAUUUCAUUUGAGCCACGUAAGGAAGAGUCAAAGAUGAAUAUUGCUAGAUAUUCAACAUCUAGCUGCUAUGGCAGUUGACAACAAGGAAGUUGUGGCUUUUUUAAACUCGUCAUGAGUUUCGAAGUAACUUUAUCUGUAUCAGGUGAUCAGAUAUUGACACAGUUGUAUUAUAUUUUUCCUGUCAUUUUUUUCCAUAAUUGAUUAUGACAGCAAUUUCCACAAAUUGUGGAUCUUUUAUUGUAGUUUAAUUUUGUCGUCAUGAAAAUGAUCACUGCUGAAAGUUGAGAGAGAAAACAACUCAAAUUUGAAGGAGUUGAUGAAGAAAUAAAUAGCAGUUGGUCAAACCUACAGUAAUGUAGCUUUCAUCCUUGUAUAUAGAUGUGUAUUUUUAUACGGUACUUCCUUGUGUACGAUAAGUGUACUGUGGUCCAAUGGUAUGGGAAGGCAUAGGCUGUACAAGCUUGAUUUUAACACGAACGGUACACCAAAAUGUACGAACGACUUUGCCUUUGAAAAAUGUCCGUACAUGUACAUGAGGGUAUUCUUUAAGGGAAGAGAUGGCGGAACGGCCAGUAAUUUCACAAGGGAUUAGGAAUUCGAGCACUUGUUAAAUUCUCUUCAAUAUGUCCAGUUUUUACAAUAAGCCGGGAAUGCCUUGUUCACGAAAAAUGGCGGCAAGUAGGAAAACAACAGUUGAAAGCCUUAAGUCUAGACCACUCGGUGUAGUCUCUUUCAGUGCUGCUCGGUACAUCAGCCGCUCGUAGAUUGGAAAAACGUGGCGUUCGAGCUGUAGACAUGUGAACACUCCAGCCACUUGAACCACUUGUGACAUUUGCACAUGUAAUACUUCAGAAGCACAUGUUCAUUACUCAAUGUCAAGAUGCUUUGAACAGUCAGUGUACUGGAUAAGUGUGAAGUACGAAAGAUCGGCCUUUUGAGCACACGGGAACAGAAUGGUCUUGCCACACAAACAACAUUUACCAAAACCGAAGGCUUAUUGUAAAAGACUUGGAGCAAUUGAUGGAGGUUUUCAAGUUCAAAAUCAGCUUUUGUCAGCGUGUGUAGGGAAGAACCAGCUCGGAUCCACCUACAGAAGGUGUUUUAACGUCAUUUGUACACGCUGGUUUCAGCCGAUUUUACCAAUGUUUUGUACACGAUGUCGGAUUUAACAAGGAUAGGAGAAAGACUUGUUGAAUCCCUGUAUAGAGUUUAUACCGUUGUUAGAUUAUGAAGUAUAAAUAUUGUAAUACUUCGAGUAUCGAAGAUGUGUUUUUAUAAUGCUGAACAGUACAUACAAUGUCAUGUAUGUUGGUGUGUUAAACAGUGACUUGUGUCCGUAGAUGUAAGCAAUAAAGAAUCCCUUGCCUGGCUGCAACAUGUAGCAAUACAUCUUUAGUAGAAGAGACACCUAGUGAUUUCCAACUGAAUUGCAAAUCUAUGUUGCUUUUAGUAAGAAAAUUGCCUUUUUGUAUAACAGCCGCUUGUUCUUGUAUUACUCUUAUUAUCAAGAGUCGUAUUGUUAUAUGUAUCACCUAUAUUUAGCAUAAUCCUACAAUAUUACAUUUUGUGGGCAUAAUUCUUUUGUGAUCUUGCCUGAAUUUUUAUUAACCGAUUCCUUUUGAAAAAUUGUCGGGACUAAAAUUUUGCUGCCCAUUUCGGCUCGGCAAGGGACUAAAAACAAGGAUGUCUUUAUGGUGUCUAGAAAUGUACACAGAUUCAAUGAUUUCCACCAAGUACUAGAUGUGUAUUAAGUAACGUUACAUGUAGUAACGUUACAUAUAGUAACUGUUGUACAAUUAUGCACCUUGUAUGCAUUUUACCCUUGUGUUUUCAUAUUCGUUCUCAAAAGCAGGAAAUACAUUUUGUAUUUAGCGAAUGAUUUUUUAGUAUUAUUUAAAGCUAUGUUUAAAGUUCUCCUUUUUCUUGCACUGUUCUCAUAAUACUGGUACAUUUUUUUGUGCUUUGUAGGUCAAAAUGCAAAAAAAAAUAUUUCACCAGGAUUCCAGCAAUGAAAUAAUGACGGGAUGGUCUCAAAAAUUAAAAGUGCCAUUUAAAAAAAUGGUUUCUUCAUCAAAAUGAAUGACUGGUCGAUAUUGGGCUGUAAAUUACCAGACUCACAUUGCUUAUGAUGCAUUCUGGCAUUUAUCAAUUUAAAGAUUUCAAUUGAUAUUAAGUGCAAGAAUGAUGUUAAAAUGAAUUGAUAAUCAGCUCAGAUAUCUAUAUCAAAAGGAAAACCUGAAAAAUGAGUUUGAUUUGCACUGACAGUAUUUGCAGAAUCCACCAAGUGUAUGCCUGUAGUGGUUAAUGAACUUCUGACACCAUCCCUAAGUCUUGAUUUCAAAACAGUGUACGUAAGCACACAAAAAGUACAAGCACAACAAAAUACCAGUAUUAUGGAGAAUUUGCAUUACCCCUUUAUUAAGACCGCAGAUAUUAUUUGGUCAUGUUGUCAAACUCUUCCUUUUGGGCAGCUUGAAAUGUUUUGUACCAUCUUUUCGACCACUUCAGCGACCCUAGUAUAUAUGUGCUUGUCAGUUUCUGACUACUUUAAUUGUUGUGUUGCAAAGUGUGAAAUUUGUAACAGUACAAUUGUAUUUACAAAGUAUCGUCGUAUGUAAUGUUGUAGCCUGCAAGACUAAAACCUUGCAAUUUUUGUACUAAACGUCAAAAAUGUCGAUAGGUAGCUUUCUGUACUUACUAAAAAAAUGUCUGACAAAAAAAGUUGUACCAGAAAUGAAAGAAAGCAGCUUUGUUGAAUGUACGUGUAGGAAUUUUAUCAUCAGGAAUUACACUGUAUAGAAACCAAUGGAAUACUCGUGACAUACCAUUACCUCAGUUACAUGUACAUGUAUAUUGAGUUUGACUCGUGCGCAUAUUUUCCUGUAAUGUACAGAAGGAAUGCUGACAAUGCGUUUAUAGAUUUCACUUGUGCUGCGAUACCAGUUACCUGUGUCUGUGAAAACAGAAGACAGGGGAAUGGGGUCUAUAAUAAGGGUAAUAGUGUAAGGCAUUGUCAGCAUUUCUUUUGUAUUCUUGAGGCUUGUGAUUUUUUGGCGACGCCUCAGGGGCGGAGGCAUACUUCUGUGAGCACUGUACAUGUAUGUCUGCAUGUUUAACAUUUAAGCUAGCAUCUUGGAAAUCUUUAGUAUUUUCCUAGGAUUUGGAGCACUUUUGUAGACAUUUUGUUGUCUUGGAAAAGAAAUGAGGAUUUUACAAGAGGUGAUUUUAUUUCCGGAAUUAAGUCUUUUUACAGAUGUACUCGGAACACUUGGACUAUUAUGUCAGUCUGGGAAUUCAACACAGUGUGCCCUUGACAGUGUGACCUCCGCUGGAUUAGAAAAGACACUUGGUACAUCUUCCUCAGAUUUGAUCGCUCGUGUUUAAUUGAUAGCUUCAAAAUGUUUGGCAAAACCUUCCGCCCCAUUCAUGAUUACAUUGAAUGUUGCAUUGCUAAACUUGAUGCUGCAGUGUCACAUACAGCUACUUGUGCUGAACCAGGAAAAAACACAGAGACUUGUAUUAUUGUAUCAGGCUGCUGCUUUUCUAUACAGUAACCAGCAUGUUUUAAAGGGUUUGUAAAGUAAUAAAGGAACUUGAUUGAC